CUAGCUCGCUUCUCUGAUGUCAACACUUCCUCAAGCCCAUCGAAACUUCAUCCGCUCAUUCACCAGAGUGGCAAUGCACCUGCUGUGACAACUAUGGCCUCUGCUGCAAAGAAGAAGCUGGUCGUCUGUGGCGGUAACGGGUUUUUGGGGACUCGCAUAUGCAAAGCUGCAAUUGCACGAGGAUGGAGUGUCACUUCUUUAAGUCGCUCUGGUGAGCCGACGUGGUCAUCAGUCUCGUCCUCUGCCGAAGCACCGGCAUGGUCGAAGUCUGUCGUAUGGCAAAAGGCCAACAUCCUCCAACCCUCUACCUAUCGAUCGCAUCUCGAAGGUGCCUAUGCCGUAGUACAUUCUAUGGGGAUAUUGCUUGAAGCAGACUAUAAAGGAGUAUUGCAGGGCAAAGAGUCACCAUGGCAGGGCUUACAGCGAGCCUUUAGCUCGACGAAGCAAGGCACUCAGAACCCCUUGGAUUCGAAAUCCGGAGAAACCUUUUCGCCACAAGAAAAGGACGGACAACUCACUUAUGAAGUCAUGAACCGUGACACGGCCAUCCUCUUAGCCAAAGAGGCCGCUGAAGUCAAAGUACCGGCUUUCGUAUACAUAUCUGCAGCUGCUGGUGCACCAAUACUUCCAGGAAGAUACAUCACCACGAAGCGCGAAGCUGAAUCGAUCAUAGCAUCGAAAUUUCCCUCCAUGCGAAGCCUCUUCGUCCGCCCAACUUUUCUCUAUGACUCCUCUCGGACGUUCACAUUACCUAUAGCUGUUGCUGGGGGCAUGGCUUCUAUGGUGAAUUCUUUGACCGGCAAUCGUCUAACAUGGUUAAUGGGCGCAGGCGGUCUGAAACCUCUUAAGGCUGACAUCGUUGCUGAGGCAGUGGUUGAGGCUUUGGAAACAAAAGAUCUAAAGGGAAUAGUGGAUUACAAAGAGAUCGAAGAUCUUGGCACGAAGGCAUGGCGCAAAGGAAUGCUCUAGGGCGGAUUGUACAACUAUUGCAUGGUUGAUUUGCUAAUAGACUGUAUAGUUACAAAAUCUAAAAGCAAACUACGAAUGAAACUAGGCA